CUGCGUGGCGGCGCUUACGACAAGGUCGGCGCGCACGGCGCGAGUCUCUCAGUAUCGCGCGCCGCUGGCUGAAGCCAGCGCUUAGCUGGGCCCGGAGUUCAGUCGUACGGCGCCCGCCGCACCGUUCGAACGUGUUGUUUGGGCAUCGGUUCAUCGACCCGCUCUGCUCGACGCGCUUCUCUCGCUCGCUUCCCGGUUUCGUGACAUUGAAAGUUGAGUCCGCUCGGUCGUCCUGUGCUGCUCAUCUAUCGGCCUUCUCGGCAGUCCGGUGUCUGGAUCUCCCGCUUUUGGCUCCCGUAAAGGAAGUCGUCAGCUGCAAUGGUCCUCAGCUUCCGACUCUGUCUCUCUCCGCUUCUUGUUCAGGUGGCUGCCGCGUAAGUUUAUCUUUUGCAGGCUAUAUUUCCCUGCUCUUCAACUACUGCGUUCAACAGAAUAACUUCUUGUUUUAUUGAUAACAACUACUGUGUUCAACAAGCACACGUGCGGGGUGCGACAGACAGUUGAGACUGUUUCACUCAAGCUCGUUUGUGGACAGAAGGAAGGAGCUGUGUAUGAACAAACCGCGACAUCUUUUGACAACAUUCUGUGAAAAAACACGUUGUGCGUUGUGCUACUGCUCUUUUGAACCUCCAGCGUUUCGAAAUCACAAUUGAGGAAAAAUAAGACGGAAUAUUGUUCCAAGGCUGUUGUAGGUGACUGUCAAUUUGUCAGACGUCCAACAGGUUGCCACUGAAAAGGACCUGUAGCCAUACCGACAGUGCCACUCUCCAACAAGGGAGCCCAUAUUUUGCGGAAUUCGUUGACAGAAGUAAUUACUUCCUACGGCCCGCUGGAAAUGUGGUUGGCUGCAGACUUACCACUUCUCGAAGAUCUUCGCCAGCACUCCUGCGUCAAUACUGUUGGCUUGGCGAGCGACACCCUAGAGUUUUAGUGGUCUCUGAACACUGAACUCACUCGUGGGAAGUCUGCGUUAACUAGAAUCAAUCUUACCGAGCGGGUGCGUUAAUCUUGCGAGAACUUGCCAAAAGUCACCACGUGCUCUCGGCAACCCUUCACUCACCUGUUGCGUGAGUCGUUCGAGCGCUGGACUGAGACCCUCGUACGUAAUUCUUCUUUUGUGCACGGAGUUAGCGCGCUGCUUCCCUGGCUCAGCAACCACAGUGCAACAGAUGCUGUGACUUUUGGUGGAAAACCGGUGCAGGAACCAGAAGGAAGGACGUCGCUUCUUGAAAUUCCGUGACAUUGGCACUGAGCACCAAUAAUAUCGGGGACCUGGAGCAUUAGCAUUCUGCUGUCAUGGCGAUGAAACCGGAUAACAUGUUCUGAACAGCAUUAUGGCGCAGUCACCGAGCCACCUCAUUAUAAGAAGAACCGGUGGACAUGUCACUGCUGUUGUUGCUACUGGCGGCCAUAUUUGUGUUCGCCGUGGUGCUUGUGGUGACGUACCUGACGUACCGGCGCCUCUACGACAACCUCCAAUUCAAGCCGAAAGUGUUAAACGACAGCCCCGUCCACGUCAAGAUUGCCCCGAGGUCUCCCAGCUCUUCGAACGUGCCAUCAAUCACAAUCAGCCAUAGCCUCCCCGAGAUGAAGGAAGUAGUGGCAGACGGGGUGCAAGAGAGCGCCGGCAAGAAGGUGGCUCCCUUGAGACAGAUUACCCUCCCGACCGUGCCUACCCGCCACCAGACCUUCCAGAGGCAGCUGUCACACCGUCUUGACCUCUCCACAACGGUGCCCUUCGAAGUGUGCAACAUGCAACAGCGUGAGAACCACGGCACCGUGGGGGCCAUACAGCCCGAACUGUACGACCAGGAGGGCGUCAGUUCCGGUGAGUCGGGACGUGACUCCACCGACCUGACAGCACAGGCGACCACUUGUGGCAAGCUGCACUUCACGCUCAAGUACGACACCGACCUGGAGGGACUCGUCGUCAAGAUACUGCAGGCCAAGGACCUUCCUUCCAAGGAUUUCCUCGGCUCUUCCGACCCUUACAUUAAGCUUUACCUCCUCCCGGAACGCCGCAAGAAAUUUCAGACUCGAGUUCACCGCAAAAACUUGAACCCCGUGUUCAACGAGUCCUUCGUGUUCGCCAUGUCGCUGGACGAACUCCGUCAGAGGACGCUGCAGUUCUCGGUGUACGACUUCGACCGCUUCUCGCGGAACGACCUCAUCGGUCACGUGAUCGUCAAGCACCUACACGAGCUGUGCGACCCUACUCACGAGAUGGAAUACACCAUGGAUAUUGUGGGUGUGCCCCAGGAAAAAAUGGACAAGCUGGGAGAGGUGAUGCUCUCACUGUGCUAUCUCCCUACUGCCGGACGACUCACAGUCACUGUCAUCAAAGCCAGGCACCUGAAGCCCAUGGACAUCAGCGGAUCCUCUGACCCCUACAUCAAGGUGAUCCUUGUCUGCGAGGGCAAGAGAAUCAAGAAAAAGAAAACAAGCGUCAAGAAAUCCACGCUCAACCCCGUGUUCAAUGAGGCCCUCGUCUUUGACGUGCCGCCAGAGAACGUCGACGACGUAAACCUUGCAAUCAAAGUGGUUGACUACGACAGGGUUGGACCAAACGAACUCAUGGGUUGCUGCGCCGUUGGACAGUUGGCUACUGGCGUUGGACGUGACCAUUGGCUUGCCGUCAUGGACAACCCACGGAAACCGACUGCGCAAUGGUACCCUCUAAUAGACAGCCUCCCGGCUGAGCUGGACCCACCGCGAACACCGUCAGUGACCUGUCUAAAGUGAAGAGUUUGCGGGAUCACCACUUCGAAUUCCGAAAUGGCUUCUGCUGGCAACGCUGACUGCUGUCUCAGCAUUGCUUCUUGAAGGAUUCCGCAAAGCGGCAUUGCGUGGGAGGCAGCUGGCUUCAGCCGCUCCAAAACAGUGCUGAUCUUUUCUCCACGGAUGGCUUGUGUAAAAAUGGCUUUCUGAGCUGGUUCUGUGCUGGACACAGUUUGACCUGCCGUCAUAAGACUGGACACUUUUGCCGCAGUUGUGCUUACAGGCUGCCAUUGUAAGGUAACUAAAGGCGAAGUACAAGUCUAAGCUCAUUGGAAUCGAGGACACCACGUUGUUCCCAAUAGGUCAGCUCAGAGCGUUGGUGUUCGGUGGCGAGCGGCAUGAAUUCGUCGUAAGAACAUUCUUGGGCGCCACGUUUGAAAGCGCUUACCCAGAUUUUGAGUGUUUCGCUCUCUAGCAGGAAAAGGUAACUGUAACCAAGGUACAACUGUUGCUCGCCGGAAGGAAGCAAUAGCAGUGAUCUGCAUUCUGAACAUUGGUGAUGUGAGUUUAAAGACUUCAUGAAAAUGCAUUUGGCCAAAGUGCGGUGUGGCAUAACGCCUGAUCCUCAUUCUUAUACCACUCUAGUUAUACGUUCUUGUUCCUUCUGUGUGACUCGUGUUGCUGUGAGUUGCCUUGAGCGGGAUUUGAUGAAUUCCUGGCGCAGUAGGCGCUUGUAAGAAGCCUUUGGCAGCCACAUCAAGGGCCGCUACACAUUUGCGAUUUGAUGCGUAGGUGACAACACCAGAACCUUUCAGCCACUCUCGUCUUAAGAACAUGCUGGGCACUUUCUCUUGCACCCUCCGAAGGUGAGGAAAAAUGUUAUUUAUGCCGAAUAAAUUCCUAAUUAAAAAAGAGGCAAUGUGAUACUCUGGAAUAUGCGAAAGAUAUUGGACCGUUUACCCUGCGCACACAUUAGGAAAACUGCUCCCACAAAGUUCCUUACUAGCAUACUUCCAAUGGUUUACGUCAUGCGCCACAUGUACAGUCGUUUCGCGAUGCACUUCGGACCAGGAUUUCAGAUAUGCUUUUAAAAAAUGCCGUUGCUUGGCUUGCCUUCUUUCCUCUAUAAUGAUGUGUUUUAGGUACGAUCAGUACCGCUAAUGCGCGCUGAAUAUACCUAAGGCCUGCCUACCUAUAGCUUUACCAAUAACUGUACAACUUGUGAUAUGUAGGCACCUAAACAGAUGUGGUAUUAGAUGUAGUUGUUUCAGAUAUGUCAUAGAUUUUCUUCGGUGUAUAUCUCGCUGCGAUGUAAAAUACAAACCACCACUGACCGUUCUGGGAAGUGAACACAAGUCGUGCUCCAGAAAAGUCGUGUCUCACCUUCACCUAUCAUCAUCGCCUGAUCUGAAAUGAAAAAUACCACAUUAUAUGGCUUCUACACAUCGCGAUUUCUGAUUGUGUAACUAUCAAAUUUUCACAAUGCACGAUGCUUAGUGUUCCCAUGCAGUACUUUGCCUCUUGAAACGUAAGUAAAUGUUUUCUGUGUUAAUCUGCAAAUAAUGCUUCACUGAAUAUAGUAUGUAUACAAACUCAGGAUAUUCCUAUUGUAAUAGAGAUUUCUAGUAGGCACUCUAUUUCGUAUGUUCUCGGUGAAUUCUGCUUGGCAGACAAAUGUGCGCAGCUUUCGUGGCAUACUUCCCUGCACUAAACGUCAUCAAAGCACCUUACAAGACAUCAUGAUUGCUGUUUGUGCGCGCCAAGCGUCGUAAGUAAAAUAAGUUGAAGAUGCUUUUUUCCCGGUUCAUUUUCGCUAAACUUGGUUUGCAGCAUAGCGUUAGCGUUUUUGUCUAUGGUUGUGCUUAAGCACAGUGUUUAAGCAAGAUGCAGUGUGUAGAGUAAAUUGCACAAUGUGUUAAAUAGGAUUGUUACAAUCACGUAUAUUAGUCGCACCUACAACGCCAAGUAAUGGAACAACAAGGGAAGAAGUAUAUAUCAGGGCAUUCUGUUGUCAGCUUCAGGUUGUAUUUUUACUGGUAGUACGUGUCUGGCCAGUACGCCCUUCUUCAUGAACACUAGAUUUUCACCUGGUAUUUACUACCACAUUCAGAAGUCUUGUUUUAAGUACCCGAUGAAACUACUAGACUCUACUCAAGCAAGGACUUCCAGUGGUAGAGCCGCCUGACUUUAGUGACACAGACGUCAAGACUCACGCCAAGAUUAUAGCACUUUUUACCGCCCGUGUUAGUGCUAGUGCUAUGGGUACUUGUAGCAUGACUAAUUCGCAAUCUGUGUAGACGGAGAUAUCAUGCGACCUUCUGCUAUGAAAUGUGAGUUGUGUAAGUGAAGUACGUGAAUAAGUAUUGUAAAUGCGUGAAAAUUCACUUGACUUCCAAAAGGCGCGAAAGUGGCAGUCAUAAUAGAGCUGGUUCCGAGAGGUAAAAAAUAAGGCACCUUAUGCGUUUUAUGUGCCCACAAAGAGCAUUCUUUACAUCAAAUGUUAUAAAACUAUGCUUCACACAGCAUCUCACAUCUUUCUGGGCUCGCAUGAAUGUAAACCGAGUAGAGUUAUGCCAUUCGUUCCACAGUCCAGAAUAUUGCUGUAUCCUGCUCUAUGUCUCGCGUGGGCCAGUGACGUGUUCAAUUCCUGAAAUAUGUCACAAUGGUGUUCGCGGAAGUGUACGUAUGUACAUAUCUUUGUUUGUAUGGCGGAAAAAGGAGUUGUCCGUGCAUGUGAAUGACCUCCAGCUGCCGCUUAUGUAGAGAUGUUUAUCCUUUAAACUCGUAGUUCGUAUAUUGUUUACACCUCGCCCGGCAAUACUGUGACUAUUUUUUAGAUGUCUGACAAGGCAAACAGGCGUAGUUCCACCAGCCUUCAAACUCUCAUUUUCAUUGUUUAUAUGUCGUGUGAGUGUUCCCACUAGCUAUUUUUAAUCUCCCAUGGACAUCUUACGCAUUACGUCUUGAUGCUGAUUUUGAGCAAAUAAUACCAAGCAUGGUGUCACGCUAGGGUAAUUAAUCUGGCAUUGGCAUUGUUACAGAUCACUAUUCACUAGGCACGUGCCUUUGUGCACUUUUUACUUGUCUCUUUCGGUGUCAAAAUUUUAUUCCUCGCUUUAAAAUGUAUUUGUUGCAGAUAUAUUUAAAUAUCAAGAGAUAUAAAUAUGUUUAGUUGUUGUCUACUUAAAAUAAAACACUUAGCUUAGAACAAGUGGGUUUUCCUGUGAAUUUCGUGCGUAAGGGUUAACUUCAAAUUUCUACUCCACGUCAAAGUUUCGUGAGUGCACAUACAGAUGGCAGAGCAUAGGCUUAUCAUUGCACAAGCAUAUAUUCAGGUAGUCGUUAUACUUUAUCUGCUUUGAUAUACAUGCGGUAGCUCUUGCACAGCAGUUCAACUCGCAGAUUCUGCAAUAAAACCCUAUUCGACAACAAAAUUGAUUUUUGCAGUAUGAAGGAAAAAGAAAUUCGGUAGGAAAGAAAAUAAUAUACGAUAUGUACUGUGUACUCACCAUGUAUAACUUCUUAAAUGGAAUUGGCUAUCUAAUGUUGUAGAGAUUUCUAAAUUCCACACAUUCGGUUUUUUUCGGAGUAUCACAAACAUUUCCAGUCUAAAACGACGCUCAUUUUAAUCAUUGCUGAAAGUUUAGAUUGCCUUUUUUUCUAUAGAGUGCGAUCAUCGGCAAUUAAUACUUCUGAGGCCCAGAUUUAGGACAUUGAAAACCACUUCGCGUAGUGUGAACUUAAACAAGCACGUAGAUUAUUUGAACGGUCUAAACACGGAGCAGAGUAUUGAAUACCUAUUUAUUCCUCUAAAGAAAGUAGGGUCAUGUUUGAGCAUUGGAAGGUUAAAGGGUGCAGAAGAUAAAGUUUGCAAGAGGUGGUGGCCGACCGUGGUUUAUAGAAGACUCAAGCGAUUUCAUGUAGUGUUCUAAUGGUCACGCUCUCUAGCGUAGUCCUGCGAGCCCGCAGGAUUGGUAUGUUUUCUUGUGAGUUUCCGCUCAGCAUGACGCUGAUUCCUUUUAUCUAUUGUCUAAAUACCUGUGUUUAGAUGGUCCUCUAGCUGUCAUAUAUUGUGACACUUUAGUGUGUGCGAGCUACACCUCCAGCUCUUUAUACUUCGUUUCUCUUACGAUAAGCAAGGAUACAAAAUGUUGUGUACAGUGCUUUCUGAAACCUUUGUGCAGAAUAUUUAUAUGUACAAACACUGGAAUAUAGGUUCGAAGCUUUCAGUCAUUAUACAUCCAAUGGUGAACAAGUAAGAGCCUUAACUCAUCAUUGUGUAUGCCUAUAUUUACUGAGGAGAAGAGUAUUUUUUUGCAUGACAACGUGAUCUUCUACUUUUUCAUGCGAGUCUGCCUGUUCGUGGUGAAAAAUUAUUUCCGAUAGAACUCAAUCGUCUAUGGUGCUUCGUGGCUCCUCAGCGGAAUUCAACUGAUAAGGUUUUUAGACGAACAGAGGGAGCAACAGUACACUUCUUCUGCUCCUCUAGUGCAGAAAAGGAGACGUUUCCUGGCUUAGGGACGGCCACCGACUGUGCCGUGUAUUUGGUCACUGCCUUUAUUGGGUGUUUUUUGAGUACGUUGAAUACCUUCUACGCACGGGUUACUAAAUGGGUGGUUUCACACUUUGUGUUUUUUUUCCUCUCUCAGAUUUGAAUAGCCUGUUUCUCUAGUGGAGGUCGUGAUAAAUUAUGCAAGGAAUGUAUUCAACACCUUCCCGCAAAGCAAUUUUCGCUUCCACUCUUAAAUGUAAGGUACUGAAAAAAAAAACGGUAGGCGACCCUAAUCUUUGACUUAGGUGUCUCCUAGUGCAACUCGCACCUUGGCGUCGAUGUUCUUUCGGUUAACAUUGUGUGUGUAUGUUUUGAAAGAACGACACAAACACAGAGAACCUUUGUCUGUAGGCCUGUAGGCAGAUGUUGAGUCUAUGCCAGGCAACGGUUUUUCAAUAAUAAGGGGGUAAAUAUAAUUGUGACGUCAUUAGUGACGUUAUUACUGCCGCUUUCUACUUCCGGACUUCCAGAAAUUUUGCCAAAGUCGUGCCCACGUGGCGGGUCUCUAAUGUCUACGAUUCUUUGCUUUGGCGUUAUUUCUACUUCAGUUAUAUCUAAUUAUUUCUAAUUAUUCGAGACACUUCAGUAACUCAACUUCUAACUAAACUUAUGCUCUGAUAACAUAUCUAUAAUUAAACCCAUGAAUUUUGUACUGUACAUUAUUUCUCCUUUUUUCUGACUUAUUUUGAAUUUCGUGCCCGGUUGUCUCAGAAGGUGAACCGGAAAUGCUGCGCAAAAAACAAAAGCGACACUCGAUGCCCGUGCCACUAAAAAGAUGGCAUGGAGCAUGAUCUUCACAAAUAGCCUCAAUACUUCGUCGCACCGUAAUGAGGGGAACCAUGCACCGAAUAGAAUAAUAUUUGGAGUUAUAUGUCAUCGUCAAUACAGCUAAUCAUAAUGCCAAUGCUGUGACAAAUAAAAAUGUACGCAUUCCGCAAUUUACUAGGCUGAUGUAAUAAUUGUCCGUAUGAUUACUAUGAAACGCUCCGAAAAAUAUUCAGUCCCGGAAAGGCGUAAGGAGCGCUGUUAGUUUGGGCAAUGCUGAAGUGCGAAUGUGAAAAGCAUGCUUGCCUAAUAUUGCUAUUAUGGCGGAAGGCUAACCAGUAAAAGGCGUUGCCUUCGCUGAAACUUUGCAUUGCCCUAUAUUGCAAUGCUUUCCGAUUUCGGGGGCUUGCAGCACGGUGCACAAAACUGUUCAUAAAAUUUAGCAGAACCUACUGCUAUGAUACACGUGCAAUAAAAUGUUCGGGUUGCAACUUUAGUUAUGCAAUGACCAAUGGAAAUGGUGGAAAUGACAAAUUCUACAAAAAAGAUUUGUUCCGUAUUCUUGUAAUAUACAUGGUAUUUCCAUAACUUGCACUUUGACGACCACUACAGAAAGCUUAAGUGAGACAAGGUCACUAGGCAAUGUCAUUUCACCUAUAAGAGUAUUAUGAAAAUGCUUCACUGUGCAAUGUUCGUGCGGAUGUUUCUGAUCAGUAACGUAGGAACAAGCGAUGUCUCAGGCUGAAGACAACGUUUCAGCAGCAAGCUACAUCAACAUUUGCGUAAACAUCGGCUUGUCCCCUUGUGGAAGCGUUGAGUCCAACCAGAGAUAUCCCUUGUUGAUCACUGUUCGCGAUUUGCUUGUUUAUCUAUUGAAGAGUGAAGCUUUCUGUGAACCUCAGUCAGUAGUGUUCGAUUUUUCUGUUAUGUGUGUUGUGCAGGCAAGCUUGUUUUAGGUGCCCUGUUUGCGCACACGUUUUUGCUACGCGUUCAUAGCAGAUCCUGCGAACCCAAAGGCCACAUUCUCAUGUACAGACCUGAAAGUUUGCGUGUAACAUCCCGCACCCUUGCCCCGUUCGCCGGCUGCUAAUAACUACCAUACAUUGUGAAACAUGCAUGAAGUGUAUCAUUUUCUUUAUUCUGAGCUGUGGACACACUCCCAGGUAUUGUAACGCACUCCAACAUGUCAACGUUGCGUACAACGGUACUGUUUCCAUUUGUAUGUACUCGUCAUACAUGUUGGCCAGUGUAUAUGGCUAUUUACGUUCCACCAUUGCAUUGACAAAUGUUCUUUUCAACGACUAUGUGUUAUGUGUAAUUGAAUUUGCAGUGCAAAUAUUUUUUGGUGCACAGCGUGAAGAUUUGCCUAGGGAGUGGGCAAAGCUGGGGACUCCCAUGUCGAUAUAAGUACUGCUGACCAAUACGGGGUUAGCUGUUCGUGCACACAUUACGCUUGGGUUGACAACGUCCACCCUCACUUGAGAGUUGCCGUGGUUUGUGUGUGAUAGUUGGUCAGCACAGUACUACACGUGUUGCAAGCUUCCUUUGUACAGCUCCAGUGUGACAAAGUGGUUUAGAAAGUAAACCAAUAUGAUGUACAUCUGCGGAGUCACGCAAGUGUUGCCGACUUAUUGAGAGUGCUGUAUAUUUUUAAAUCAAGACUCCUAUGAAGUGAUUGCGGUUGGGAUAGUAUUGUAAAAAUGAAGCACGAUCAUUGGGUAUUCCCUUUAAGAAACUGUAAACCAGACUGUGUGAAAGUUGACGUAUGUGAAAAAUAAA